GCCGCGCGCCGGGCUGCGCAGUCAUGAUCACCGCCGGGGCCGGAGCCGGAGCCCCGGAGCGCCAGGACCCCGCGUGGCCUUGGAAGGAAGCCCCGAUCAGCACGCUGGUGCAGCGCAUCCACCAGCUGCAGGCUGAGCGCGCACAGGCCUUCCGCCGCCUGGAGGAAGCCCACCGCCAGUACCUGCGCAGCGGGCCGCCCCCCGACUUCGCCAGCUACCGGAGCGCAGUGCACGAGGUGACCCAGGCCUUCGCCGCCGCCUCCAGGGAGGUGCUGGCCGUGGAAGCAGAGCUGGCGGGGCCCCGCGCGCAGCCGCUGCUCGCCGGCCACGUGCGCAGCCUGCAGCAGCUGGAGCAGACGCGCCUGACCUCGGUGGCCUUGCUGCAGCUGAUGGGGACACCCGAGCUGUCCGGGCCAGACGACGCAGGCCAGAUGGAGCAGCUGAAAAUGAAGGUAAUUAAAACCAUGGAAGCCAUCAGCGAGGUCCUCCAAGACCUCAGGUUUGAUGCCGAAGCAGCCGAGUGAAGGUGGCUCCCCGGGGACGCGCCGAGGGACAGCUGGGAAAUGAGGAGGCCCUUGACCGCCAGCCAGCUGGCUGGGGUCAUGUCCGGCUGGACGGCUGACCUUGCUCCAGCCCCGUCCACCUCCGUUAGUAAAGGACUCUGCAGCCGUG